AUGACAUGCAAGGAAGUUGAAAAGAUGUACGGCGGGUUUGGCUGGACCGAGACCGCCAUGCUGGCGCUGACAGGCGCAGUGGCGGUCUUCAGCAUCAACGGAAACUUGGAACGAUACCAGAGAAGGAGAAGAGAGAAGGAGGAAGAGGAAGAGGAAGAACAAGCAAACAGAGACCGUGAGCUACGCAAGGAUCAACAAGUCAGAAGGAACAGGAGCGAGAGCAUCGGUGGCCGCCGGGCCCGGUCUGAGACAUGGAACGGGGCCGUCGACGAUGAGCAUCACAGAGCCGGGCACCGAAGCCGUGAUAUGAGCAGGUUCAACGAGGACAGAAGCCGGAGCGGGAGGCGGAGCAGGAGGGGAGACUGGGGCGAUGAUGACGAUUACGAUAAUGAUGAGGAUGCUUAUGAACGACGUCGACACAGGAGAUCCUACUACAACAGAGAAAGGGACACACGUCAAUAA